CAACCUUUAAACAACUCACAAACGCAUUGUAUCCGAUUAUCCACGACGAGACUUCAUUCUUAACCCGCUACUUUCAUCCAUACAAUAUUUAUGCUAUUCUUAUACUCAUAAUCGUUUAUUAGAUCAGUCGUUCACCCUUAUACCUCGAUUAUUCUCCGUUGUCGCAAACUCCAAAACCUCAAUUUUAAACAAUCAUCUUCUGAUUGCCAAAACCCUUUCAAACAUUCCUUUUAAAUAAAUUUCGGGACGAAAUUUCCUAAAGGAGGGGAGACUGUAACGCCUCGUAUUUUCAUAUUUUUAUAUAUUUUUAGAAAAUUCAAGUUCGUUUUAUAUUUUUAGAAAAUCAGAUCGAAAAACGGAAUAAAACCGUCAAACAACGCAUUUUCACGCGCUUUUAUGCAACCGACAGUCAAGCGUGACGACAACGACUACCAGUACUAUUUUACAUAUUUUUAAAACUAAAAUUAUAUAUUAUGAUGUACUGACAAUUUCGGGUUUUGAAAACGAGUUCGUACAUGCGUUGGGCCACCUUAAACACGAGAUUGGGCUUGUGAGCCUUAGGCCAAACCCAAACCCAUUAGAAAAAAAACAUAGCUAUAUAAAUCAACUUAACUACUCAUCUCCAUUUACGAACAAAACUUAUAAACCCUAAUAAUGUCUAGCAUCAGCCGCCCACACACUCAGACUUUUCCCUCUUUCUUUUUCUCUUUGAUAAACACCAUAAACAUCUACACCCACAAUUCUGCUUUACCUUUACACAUACGUACAAAUGAGUUUAAAGAUAAAUUAUGAGAGACAUUUAGAGAGGGGAGGAGCUGAUCCAGAUCUGGCAGUUUCGGGUGGCCUUUAGCGACAGCGAACGACGGCCCUCCAAGGUCGGAGGCGGAUCAAGAUGGCUUUAAAAGCCGGCGACUAGCGGCGCUCCGGCAAUUACAGCCAGAUCUCGCCAAUCUGUCAAGGUUCAGUCAUGAACCUGAAUCGCGUUGACGGAUGCGGUGGUUUCUUGGCCAUUCAAGACCCGCGUUCGAGCAAAUGGGUAACCGAUUCGGGAUUUUGUUCGGUUCCGAGUCAGUUUUCCUCGAAACUGGAAUCCAACUUGAGCCACCGAACCGAAGCCAGCAUUAAGUGCAGCUGCCGCAGGUCCCUCCAAGUUAAAAUCGUCAGUGUCAAAGCAAACACCGUUCUAGGUAGUUCUUCUCGUGUGGAUUUCUCUAUCUUUCUUCGUGCGUUAUUUUACAAGAAGUCGCAAACGCAACCACUCAUAAUCUCUAGACUACACCAACUUUCCUCGCGGUUUAAGUGUACUUCCUACGUAACCAAUGUUGAGGUUUGAUGAUACUAUGAAAACGGACUAGCAAAAAUGCCUAGAUACUCACUUAGACGUCUUAGGUCAAAUACGUUGUAUAAAUUUCAUUUUUGUUGUUGUAUUGUUCUCUUGUAUUUUUAAUGUAUUGUAACUUUUAUUCAUAAAUGAAAUCAAUUUAUCUUUAAUUC